AUGCCUCAAAAUAUUAAUGAGUUGACCAAAUUUUUGGUUGAAGAAUGGGAUGCAGUUCCUCAAUCAACAGUGAAUAAUUUGGUUAUGUCCAUGAAAACCAGAUGUGAAAUGGUUUUAGAAAAAAACGGCGAUAGAAUAUCGUAG